GCCAGAGCCGAGAGUACACUCGAGGCUUGUUCGUUUCGCGUACCGCGUCGCCGUGCACCCUUUGCGCUCUGCUCUCUUGUCGACCGUGCGUUCCGUUCGUCGUCGCGUCCGUUUUUUGUUUUCCCUUCGAUUUGUGCCCACGUCAGCGGACCCGUUGCUGUGCGUCGACUGGAUCUCGCUGUGGGAUCGAGCGGCGAUCCACAGUAGAUCGCUGUCAUCGCGGAGGCGGUUGUCACUGAAUGGCGGUGCAAUGAACGCGCGGAGCCGAUGGCGAGGGUGAAUCGGCCAGGUUCGAGGGCGAGCGCGGCGAUGAUGAAUCUUCGAUGAAUAGGGGAUCCGGCGGGCCAGCGACGAGUCGCGCGGAAGUUGGAAUCGAUCCCAACGGCGGCGGGAUACAAGGGACCGCGGGAGGAGUUACGAUGCACGUGAAAAGUUGACGAAGCCAUGUGACGCGACCGAAACCCCGGGACAACCCCGUGCGACGCCUACCGCCUGAUGCUGGAUACCGGACGACGUGGUCGGCAUUUCGAGUGGACCCACCGCCGCGGAUCGCAGCCGGCCCAAGUAUCGCCGAGUGACAGUGCGGAAGGAAGAUAAAGGGAGAAUAGUUUCGCGAUCGGGAAGGGGAGACGACUGUGAUCGUGACCGGGCCGGUGACACACGGCCGAGGAUUACUGUGUAAAAUUGUAGCAAAUCAAGUAGUGAUGCCGUGAUGGGCUGCAGCUCGGGUACGUGCUAUCUGGCUACGCUCCUCGUGGCUGGAUUACUCUUGGUCGUCCUGCACUGCGAGACAUCACUGGCGACACGUUUGCGGCAACGCUCCGGUCCCACCGACACCCCGAAAAGUGGAUCGGUGAACGAGGCCGGCGUGUUCACCCUCCGAGGCAGACAGGAGGGUGGCCGACGUGCUAGAAGAACCACGACAAGCACCACGAGCACAACGCCGUCCAGCUCGACGUUGAUUUCUCUGUCCGACGACGUGGCGCAGCCCGCGGCCCUUUUAGCCCCCGAAGAGGACUUAUGGUCUACCAGCUCCUCCGCUACAACCAAUGUUCCAGUCUCCUUAGAUACAGCUGCCGCGCCGUCAAAGCCACCCUUCAAGAUGGAGGUGGAACCUCACAAACAGGUCAUACUGCCGUGCGAGCUAGAAGGAAAUCACUCGAGGCUGCUGCUGCCCGAGGCCAGGAGCUACAAAAUACGGCCGGCAACAUGGCUGCACGAGGGACGUCCAGUGGAUAUGAUUACAAUCAACACGAAGACGGAGAUGAGUGGAACAGGACACAGAUAUAUUGGCGAUUCCACCACGGCUUCGUUGCAUAUAGACAACGUUAGAUUAGAAGACGAUGGUAUAUGGGGCUGUACAUUGGAGGACGACCAGGGGAAGAUUCUCGCUGGCAGACCUGUGAAGCUCGUUGUUCUUGAGGCGCCUCGGGGGACGUAUCUGCUGAUAGAUGGUCGUCGGUUGGAUCCAGGAAACCAGUUUGUGCCGGUGAAAGAGGGUUCCGAGUUGACGCUGGAGUGCGCCGCCGAGGGUGGCAACCCGCCGCCCGAUUUAGAAUGGGGAAUGACUCUGUCUCAGGCCACUUUGGAUGGUCCGAAGCAACCGCCGGACAAUCUGACCGUGUUGCCCUCGACGUCUGGCAGGCACAGUGGGGCUCACCUUAAGGUCUUGAGGGGUCACCACAACGCCACCAUCGUUUGCGUCGCGCGCCACGCCAGGCUGGCUGUGCCCAUAAACGCCAGCAUCCUUCUCGACGUCCAAUAUACUCCGUCGUUCGUGAUAACGCGUUUACCUGGUUUUGGAAUUCCGAUCGUCGAGGGGAUGUCCGUCAGCCUGAAAUGCGAGAUAGACAGCAAUCCGGCCAGCACGCCGAUCUGGCAGCGUGACAAUGGACCACCCGUCGAGCAGAGCGACGACGAAUGGCUGAACUUCACAAAAAUCAGCCGGGCCGAGAGCGGCUGGUACAAAUGUUACACCAAGCACGUACUCGGCUUAUUCACCAGCGUCGGUUAUUUUCUCAACGUGCGCUACGACCCGGACAUGGAAACGGAAGCGGAAGCAUUGAACGGCGAGGCGACCGAUUCCCGGAAGAUGGAAGUACAGAUCGGCGGCGCGGUGACUUUGGAGUGCGACGGCGGUUGCUGGGGACACGGGCCUGGAAUGGAUCCAGUUGGUGGUCCCGGGCCACUGGCUCUGAGUCGGGUCGUUUAUCAAGACUCAGGGGAGUAUCGAUGCGUCGCACCUGAUCGGAAAAUGCAGGACACGUGGCGGGCGCAGUUGCCCUAUCAAAUCAAGGUCACCGGCCGGCCCAUAGUUAAUCCACAGAACCAAACUGUGACAGCGAAAGAGGGUGAACCUUUGAGCAUCGCCGUCGAGUUUUGCGCGGAGCCAAGAUUCACCAAAGUUUUGUGGAUAUCCGAGGAAAACAUGUACGUACCCGGAGCGCCAACCAAAGAUGGAGUCCAAGCACUCGCUGUCGAGGACGGCGGCACGGAGUCUUGUUACCGGACAGUGCUCAGCUUCGACACGAUCCAAUGGUCGCACGCCGGCGAAUGGUUGCUGCUGGUCCGCUCGUCGGAAGGGAUCGCGGACGCUUCCGUUUUGUUGAACGUGACACGGGCCUCCGGGUACAGUCACGCUCACUUCCGGUCAGCAAGCCUCGCCUGCCUGUCGCUUUGUCUGGCGCUGGCCGUUCUGCAGGAGCACCGUCGCUGAGGAGUCCCCGAUUCUAAACGAAACAGAAAAAGCAGCCGAAAGAGGAGGAGGAGGAGGAGAAGGAGGAGAAGAAAAAAACGAGAGAAAAAAAAAAGAUAUUUCUUAGAAACGAACCGAAACAGAAUCGAACGAUCCUUACUUCCCCGCGAGUCGCCACGGGGAGGAGGGAGAAUGUUUCCGUCAGUAUUUCCCGUGACUUCGAUGAUUG